CAGGCUGUUGACACUGCUCAGCGCCUGUGCUGGCAAACCACGGGGGCCUGCAGCUUCCUCCACACUGAUUCAGCGAGCUCCUUGCAGCUAGGGCGGGCGAGCCUGACUGUGGCCAAGGAGAGGUGAAGCAGGAGCGGGGACCAUCCAGCCGCCACCAUGGUUGCCCUAUCGCUGAAGAUCAGCAUUGGCAAUGUGGUGAAGACCAUGCAGUUUGAGCCCUCCACCAUGGUGUACGACGCCUGUCGGAUCAUCCGGGAGCGCGUGCCUGAGGCACAGAUGGGGCAGCCCAGUGAUUUUGGGCUGUUCCUUUCGGAUGAGGACCCGAAGAAGGGGAUUUGGCUGGAAGCUGGGAAGGCUCUGGACUACUACAUGCUCCGCAAUGGGGACACCAUGGAGUACAAGAAGAAGCAACGGCCGCUCAAGAUUCGCAUGCUGGAUGGGACGGUUAAAACAGUCAUGGUGGACGACUCCAAAACGGUCACAGACAUACUCAUGACAAUCUGUGCCCGGAUUGGCAUCACCAAUCACGACGAGUACUCGCUGGUGCGGGAGAUGAUGGAAGAGAAGAAGGAGGAGAUCACCGGCACUCUCAAGAAGGACAAGACCUUGCUGCGGGAUGAGAAGAAGAUGGAGAAACUCAAGCAGAAGUUGCACACGGACGAUGAGUUGAACUGGCUGGAUCACGGGCGAACGCUGCGUGAGCAAGGCAUCGACGACAGCGAGACGCUGCUGCUGCGACGCAAGUUCUUCUACUCCGACCAGAACGUGGACUCCAGGGACCCUGUGCAGCUCAACCUGCUCUACGUGCAGGCUCGUGACGACAUCCUGAAUGGCUCCCACCCUGUCUCCUUCGACAAGGCCUGCGAGUUUGCUGGGUUCCAGUGUCAGAUCCAGUUUGGACCCCACAAUGAGCAGAAGCACAAGCCGGGCUUUCUGGACCUGAAGGACUUCCUGCCCAAGGAGUACAUCAAGCAGAAAGGCGAGCGCAAGAUCUUCAUGGCUCACAAGAACUGCAGCAACAUGAGUGAGAUUGAGGCCAAAGUUCGCUACGUGAAACUCGCCCGCUCCCUGAAAACCUACGGAGUCUCCUUCUUCCUGGUCAAGGAGAAGAUGAAGGGAAAGAACAAGCUGGUGCCGCGGCUGCUGGGGAUCACCAAAGAGUGUGUGAUGCGUGUGGACGAGAAAACCAAGGAGGUGAUUCAGGAGUGGAACCUCACCAACAUCAAACGCUGGGCUGCCUCGCCCAAGAGCUUCACCCUGGAUUUCGGGGAUUACCAGGACGGGUACUACUCAGUGCAGACGACGGAGGGGGAGCAGAUCGCCCAGCUUAUCGCUGGCUACAUUGACAUCAUCCUGAAAAAGAAAAAGAGCAAAGACCACUUUGGGCUGGAGGGGGAUGAAGAGUCCACCAUGCUGGAAGACUCUGUGUCCCCAAAGAAGUCGACUGUUCUGCAGCAGCAGUUUAACCGCGUGGGCAAGGUGGAGCACGGCUCAGUAGCCCUGCCAGCCAUCAUGCGCUCAGGGGCCGGCGGGCCAGAGAACUUCCAGGUUGGCACAAUGCCACAGGCGCAACAGCAGAUCACCAGUGGCCAGAUGCACCGAGGGCACAUGCCCCCCCUGACCUCAGCCCAGCAGGCCCUGACUGGCACCAUCAACUCCAGCAUGCAGGCCGUGCACGCGGCGCAGGCCACCCUGGACGACUUCGAGACGCUGCCGCCCCUUGGGCAGGAUGCCGCUUCCAAAGCCUGGCGCAAGAACAAGAUGGACGAGUCGAAGCACGAGAUCCAUUCGCAGGUGGACGCCAUCACUGCCGGCACUGCCUCCGUGGUGAACCUGACUGCAGGGGACCCGGCCGACACGGAUUACACGGCCGUGGGCUGCGCCGUCACCACCAUCUCCUCCAACCUGACCGAGAUGUCCAAGGGCGUGAAGCUGCUGGCCGCGCUCAUGGAGGAUGAAGGGGGGAAUGGGCGACAGCUCCUGCAGGCUGCCAAGAACCUGGCGAGCGCUGUCUCAGACCUGCUGAAAACGGCACAGCCAGCCAGUGUCGAGCCGCGACAGAACCUGCUGCAGGCGGCCGGCUCCGUGGGCCAGACAAGCGGGGAGCUGCUGCAGCAGAUUGGAGAGAGCGACACGGAUCCUCGGUUCCAGAUCCCAGAGAGCCGCCACGCUCGGACCCUGCCCACCUCAGAGCCAAAGACGGACAUGCUCAUGCAGCUGGCUAAGGCAGUGGCCAGCGCAGCCGCUGCGCUGGUCCUGAAAGCCAAGAAUGUGGCCCAGAAGACAGAGGACUCGGCGCUGCAAACCCAGGUGAUCGCGGCUGCCACGCAGUGCGCCCUCUCCACCUCCCAGCUGGUGGCCUGCACCAAGGUGGUGGCUCCCACAAUCAGCUCCCCUGUGUGCCAGGAGCAGCUGAUUGAGGCUGGCAAGCUGGUGGCGAAGUCAGCGGAAGGCUGUGUGGAGGCCUCCCAGGCAGCCACCAAUGACGACCAGCUGCUGAAGCAGGUGGGGGUGGCAGCCACAGCAGUGACGCAGGCCCUGAACGACCUGCUGCAGCACAUCAAACAGCACGCCACCGGCGGGCAGCCCAUCGGGCGCUACGACCAGGCCACUGACACCAUCCUCAACGUCACCGAGAAUAUCUUCAGCUCCAUGGGCGACGCGGGGGAAAUGGUGCGGCAGGCUCGUAUUCUGGCUCAGGCAACCUCUGACCUUGUAAAUGCCAUCAAAGCUGACGCCGAGGGGGAGACGGACCUGGAGAACUCGCGCAAGCUGCUAAGUGCCGCCAAGAUGCUGGCCGACGCCACAGCCAAGAUGGUGGAGGCAGCGAAGGGGGCUGCAGCCCACCCAGACAGCGAGGAGCAGCAGCAGCGGCUCCGGGAAGCGGCUGAGGGGCUCCGCAUAGCGACCAAUGCCGCAGCUCAGAAUGCCAUCAAGAAAAAGCUUGUGCACAAGUUGGAGCACACAGCCAAGCAGGCUGCAGCCUCUGCCACGCAGACCAUCGCCGCCGCGCAGCAUGCCGCCGCCUCCAACAAGAACCCAGCUGCACAGCAGCAGCUGGUGCAGAGCUGCAAGGUGGUGGCGGAUCAGAUCCCGAUGCUGGUACAGGGCGUGCGAGGAAGCCAGUCCCAGCCAGAUAGCCCCAGCGCUCAGCUCGCGCUCAUCGCAGCCAGCCAGAACUUCCUGCAGCCUGGUGGGAAGAUGGUUGCUGCAGCCAAAGCCACUGUCCCCACCAUCGCGGACCAGGCCUCUGCCAUGCAGCUCAGCCAGUGUGCCAAGAAUCUGGCCGCAGCCCUGGCCGAGCUCCGGACAGCUGCCCAGAAGGCUCAGGAGACCUGUGGGCCCCUGGAGAUAGACACGGCGCUCAGCAUGGUGCAGAGCUUGGAACGAGACCUGCAGGAAGCCAAGGCUGCUGCCAGAGACGGAAAGCUCAAGCCCCUGCCGGGGGAGACGAUGGAGAAGUGCGCCCAGGACCUGGGGAACAGCACGAAGGCCGUCAGCUCCGCCAUCGCCCAGCUGCUGGGGGAGGUGGCCCAGGGCAACGAGAACUAUACAGGGAUCGCUGCCCGGGAUGUGGCCCAGGCCCUGCGCUCGCUCAGCCAGGCUGCCCGCGGCGUCGCAGCCAACACGUCCGACCCCCAAGUGCAGAGUGCCAUGCUGGAGUGCGCUGGCGACGUCAUGGAUAAAGCCGGAAACCUCAUCGAGGAGGCGCGCAAGGGCGUGGGCAAGCCGGGCGACCCCGAGAGCCAGCAGCGCCUGGCCCAGGUGGCCAAGGCUGUGUCUCAGGCCCUGAACCGCUGCGUGAACUGCCUCCCGGGGCAGCGGGACGUGGACGCCGCCAUUCGCACCGUGAGCGAGGCCAGCAAGAAGCUGCUGGCCGAGUCGCUCCCACCCAGCACCAAGAGCUUCCAGGAGGCACAGAGCCAGCUGAACCAGGCAGCAGCUGGGCUGAACCAGUCUGCCAACGAGUUGGUGCAGGCCUCCCGGGGCACCCCCCAGGACCUGGCCAGGUCUUCCGGCAAAUUCGGGCAGGACUUCAAUGAGUUCCUGGAGGCUGGCGUGGAGAUGGCUGGCCAGUCCCCGAAUAAGGAGGACCAAGCACAGGUGGUGUCGAACUUGAAGAGCAUCUCUAUGUCCUCCAGCAAGCUGCUCCUGGCGGCUAAGGCGCUCUCCGCAGACCCCGCUGCCCCCAACCUCAAGAACCAGCUGGCGGCCGCUGCACGAGCCGUGACCGACAGCAUUAACCAGCUGAUCACAAUGUGCACCCAGCAGGCUCCGGGCCAGAAAGAGUGUGACAACGCCUUGCGGGAGCUGGAGACGGUGCGGGAGCUGCUGGAGAACCCCACCCAGGCUGUCAACGACAUGUCCUACUUCAACUGCCUGGACAGCGUCAUGGAGAACUCCAAGGUCCUGGGCGAAGCUAUGGCUGGAAUUUCCCAGCAUGCCAAGAACAGCAAACUGCUUGAGUUCGGGGAGUCGGUCAGCACAGCCUCCAAGGCGCUCUGUGGGUUCACAGAGGCAGCUGCUCAGGCUGCCUAUCUGGUGGCUGUUUCGGACCCGAACAGCCAGGCCGGACAGCAGGGCCUAGUGGACCCCACCCAGUUUGCCAGAGCCAACCAAGCGAUCCAGAUGGCCUGCCAGAACCUGGUGGACCCGGCCUGCACGCAGUCCCAGGUGCUGUCGGCCGCCACCAUCGUAGCCAAGCACACCUCGGCCCUGUGCAACACCUGCCGCCUGGCCUCCUCCCGCACCGCGAACCCCGUCGCCAAGCGCCAGUUCGUCCAGUCUGCCAAGGAGGUGGCCAACAGCACGGCCAACCUGGUCAAGACCAUCAAGGCGCUGGACGGAGCCUUUAACGAGGACAACCGGGAGCGAUGCCGGGCAGCCACCGCCCCCCUCAUUGAGGCCGUGGAUAACCUGACGGCCUUCGCCUCCAACCCAGAGUUCGCCACCAUCCCAGCCCAGAUCAGCCCUGAGGGGCGCAGAGCCAUGGAGCCCAUCGUCACCUCUGCCAAGACCAUGCUGGAGAGCUCGGCAGGCCUCAUCCAGACGGCCCGCUCUCUGGCUGUCAACCCCAAGGACCCGCCCAAGUGGUCGGUGCUGGCUGGUCACUCCCGCACCGUCUCCGAUUCCAUCAAGAAGCUGAUCACCAACAUGCGGGAUAAGGCUCCUGGGCAGCGGGAGUGCGACGAAGCCAUCGAGGUGCUGAACAAGUGCAUGCGGGAUGUGGACCAGGCCUCCCUGGCUGCCAUCAGCCAGCAGCUGGCCCCCCGAGAGGGCAUCUCCCAGGAGGCUUUGCACAACCAGAUGAUCACUGCUGUUCAGGAGAUCAGCAAUCUGAUAGAGCCUGUGGCCAGCGCCGCCAGGGCGGAGGCCUCGCAGCUGGGACACAAGGUGUCCCAGAUGGCUCAGUACUUCGAGCCGCUCAUUCUGGCCGCUGUCGGUGCUGCCUCCAAGACGCUCAACCACCAGCAGCAGAUGAACCUCCUGGACCAGACCAAGACGCUGUCUGAGUCUGCCCUGCAGAUGCUGUACACGGCCAAGGAGGCCGGCGGGAACCCCAAGCAAGCCGCACACACGCAGGAGGCACUGGAGGAGGCUGUGCAGAUGAUGAAGGAAGCUGUGGAGGACCUGACCACCACUCUCAACGAGGCUGCCAGCGCUGCCGGGGUCGUCGGGGGCAUGGUGGACUCCAUCACCCAGGCCAUAAACCAGCUGGAUGAGGGACCCAUGGGGGAGCCGGAGGGGACCUUUGUGGAUUACCAGACCACCAUGGUCAAGACAGCCAAGGCCAUUGCAGUGACGGUACAGGAGAUGGUCACCAAAUCCACCACCAACCCGGACGAGCUGGGCACGCUGGCCAACCAGCUCACCAGCGACUACGGGCAGCUGGCUCACCAAGCCAAGCCUGCUGCCAUCACCGCCGAGAACGACGAGAUUGGCUCCCACAUCAAGAACCGGGUGCAGGAGCUGGGCCACGGCUGCGCUGCGCUGGUGACAAAGGCUGGAGCCCUGCAGUGCAGCCCCAGCGACGCCUACACGAAGAAGGAGCUGAUCGAGUGUGCGCGCAAAGUGUCCGAGAAGGUGUCCCACGUGUUGGCAGCCCUGCAGGCCGGGAACCGCGGGACCCAGGCCUGCAUCACUGCAGCCAGCGCCGUCUCUGGGAUCAUCGCCGACCUCGACACCACCAUCAUGUUCGCCACUGCGGGGACACUGAACCGGGAGAAUGCCGAGACCUUCGCCGACCACCGGGAGGGCAUCCUGAAGACAGCCAAGGCGCUGGUGGAGGACACCAAAGUGUUGGUGCAGAACGCCACUGCCAGCCAGGAGAAGCUGGCCCAGGCUGCCCAGUCUUCCGUGGCCACCAUCACCCGCCUCGCAGAAGUGGUGAAGCUGGGCGCUGCCAGCCUGGGCUCCGAGGACCCUGAGACUCAGGUGGUUCUGAUCAAUGCAGUCAAGGAUGUGGCCAAGGCGCUUGGGGACCUGAUUAGUGCCACCAAGGCGGCGGCCGGCAAAGCCGGGGACGACCCCUCCGUCUACCAGCUGAAGAACUCGGCCAAGGUGAUGGUCACCAACGUCACCUCCCUGCUGAAGACGGUGAAGGCCGUGGAGGACGAGGCCACAAAGGGGACCCGUGCGCUGGAGGCCACGAUAGAGCACAUCCGCCAGGAGCUGGCGGUUUUCUGCGCCCAGGUGCCUCCAGCCAAGACCUCGACGCCAGAGGAUUUUAUCCGCAUGACCAAAGGCAUCACCAUGGCGACAGCCAAGGCCGUGGCCGCUGGCAACUCAUGUCGGCAAGAGGACGUAAUCGCCACAGCCAACCUGAGCCGCCGCGCUAUCGCUGACAUGCUGCGCUCCUGCAAGGAGGCCGCCUACCACCCUGAGGUGAACGCGGACGUGCGGCUGCGGGCGCUGCGCUACGGGAAGGAGUGUGCCAACGGGUACCUGGAGCUGCUGGAGCACGUGCUGGUGCCGAUUCUGCAGAAGCCAAGUCACGAGCUGAAGCAGCAGCUGGCUGGCUAUUCCAAGCGGGUGGCUGGCUCCGUCACCGAGCUCAUCCAGGCUGCCGAAGCCAUGAAAGGGACCGAGUGGGUCGACCCAGAGGAUCCCACCGUCAUUGCUGAGAAUGAGCUGCUGGGAGCAGCAGCUGCCAUUGAGGCUGCAGCCAAGAAACUGGAGCAGCUGAAGCCGAGGGCCAAACCCAAGCAGGCGGACGAGAGUCUCAACUUUGAGGAGCAAAUCUUGGAGGCUGCGAAAUCCAUCGCUGCUGCAACCAGUGCCCUGGUGAAGGCAGCCUCAGCGGCCCAGAGAGAGCUGGUGGCUCAAGGAAAGGUGGGUGCCAUCCCCGCCAAUGCAGUGGACGACGGCCAGUGGUCCCAGGGGCUCAUUUCAGCCGCCCGCAUGGUGGCUGCUGCCACCAACAAUCUGUGUGAGGCUGCGAACGCAGCAGUGCAGGGCCACGCCAGCGAGGAGAAACUCAUCUCCUCUGCCAAGCAGGUGGCUGCCUCCACAGCGCAGCUCCUGGUGGCCUGUAAGGUGAAGGCUGACCAGGACUCUGAGGCCAUGAAGCGACUGCAGGCCGCUGGCAACGCUGUGAAGAGGGCAUCCGACCAUCUGGUGAAGGCAGCCCAGAAAGCAGCCGCCUUCCAGGACCAGGAGAAUGAGACAGUGGUGGUGAAGGAGAAAAUGGUCGGGGGAAUCGCACAGAUCAUUGCAGCGCAGGAGGAGAUGCUGCGGAAGGAGCGGGAGCUGGAGGAGGCCCGGAAGAAGCUGGCUAUGAUCCGGCAGCAGCAGUACAAGUUCCUGCCUUCGGAGCUGCGGGACGAGGGGCAGAACUGAGGGGAGCGUGGCCAUGAGCUGAGCCUGCCCCCCCCCAUCUCACCACAGAGACUGCUGCCGCCGCCGCCUAUUUAAUACAGGCCUGCCCUGAGCAGGGAUUGCCUGGAUCACCCAGACUCGCCCGCUGCCCAGCGCACUGGGGACUAACCGCUGCCCCCAGCGGGUGCUGCACCAGCAACUCUCUGCUUCACCGCGCAGCCAGCGCGCCACGGGCACACGCUUCUCCACUCUGCUUGGGCACGGCCACAGCGCCGGGUGCUCCGCGGGGUACGAGGAGGCUGAGCUCUGCAGGCCUGGGCUGGGGCUCACCUAUGCAGCUGCCUCGAGCCCCAUGGACCUGGGGCUGCCCCACCCCCCAAGCUCCCCCUCCCCCCACACACCUUUCAGGCAUUUUCCUUUGUGCCUUUGUGGAUUCCACGUCUCUGGGCGUCAAGCUUGGAGGCGGGUUCUCACCCGGCUCCGCCCCGGGGCCAGUCGUGCAAUGGGGGGGACAGAAACUGCUUCCCUGGUGACUCUUGCACCAACCCACCCUCACCUUUGAUGCCUUAUUGCUGGCUGCGCCUUCCCUGUCGCCCAGUGCCUCCGCUCCAGGGUGCGAGGGGUUAAUCUCUAGAUUUACCCCCCUGCCCCAUUGUGCCUCCUACCUGCAGGGACCUGCCUGCCCCUGGAGCAGCCCCCAGCCAGCGCCCCCUGCUGCUCCUCGUUCCCAAGUGCCUGCGUCGUGCGUCCGAGAGCUCCAGUAUUUUUGUAGUGUUGAAUUUCUGAAGUAUCGAACUCGCCUGCUCCCCCAGCCACUAACCCCCCUCCCCCGGCAUCUCAUGCCCUGGGCCCUGGAGCCCUACAUCCCCCACCCCUCCUCCGCUCUGGGAUCCUGAACCCCCCCUGCACUCGCUGAGGCUUCUCACCUCUUAUUUUGAUACUCUGAGCUUCCACUGUUAAACGUGAAGGGAAAGCGGCUGCCCUGCCACUCCCGGGGUGGGGAAUGGGACGGCUCCUUGCAAAGGAUUCUUCAUCAAUAAAACCGGCUUUCCUGCUU